AAAUGAGUGAUAAAUAAUAUAUCUAUCUUUUGUUCAACUUGAAAAUAGAUAUAAAAAAUAAUAUUAUUAUUACUGAUGAAGUAUAUUAGAUAUCUAAGAAUGUGUUGUAUAUAUAUUCAAAUCAAAUAUCUAAUGUAUGUUUGUAUAUAGAAACGAUAAUUAUUAGGAGGGGAGACGGUAGCAAACGAGAUAUUAAGAGAGUGGGAAAAUAGAGAAUACUCUCGUGAAAUGAAAAAAGAGAGAUGAAAAUAAUUCAGGUAGUGGGUUGUAGAAAAAGAAGGGGAAACAUGAACGAUAAGGUACGGAAAGUGACGAACGAAAAACUUUCCUCCCGAUAGUACAGCAAACUUAUGCGAUUGCAUGUCUGAACGGUAUACUGAAUGGUAUCUGUGAUAUUUUCGCGUCGUGUUCGCGCCAUCAUCUUGCAUUCGUUCUCCAUCUUCUUUCAUUUUAUAUUUUUCAAUGUAAAAGACGCGUAACUUUAUUCUUUGUUGUGUUUUUAACAAAUAAUUUAAUCUCUUGUUGAAGAUAAAAAAGAUAGUGACGUGUCAUACUUAUACGCAAGAAUUAUUAAUGUUUUGAGCGGAAGCAAAUGGGACUCAUCAAGAGAUUUGAUUUUCAUCUAUUCGCGAUUUAAGCAGUUAAUGAACUUCUAAUGUAUAAAAAAUAAAAGGAAAAGAAAAAGAAGAUAAUUAAAACCUAGAUUUCUAUAUUUUAAAAAUUAAAAUGUAACAUAUUUAAGAUAAGCGAUAUCGAAGAUAAAAGCCCGCCAUCUUAAAAAAUAUAUUGAACGAAUUGUUUUUAUCAUAUUGAUAUGAUUUCUUCGUAUUGAUAUCACUUAUUUGCACAUUAAUUAGAAGAUAGAAAGAAAUUAAAGUAUUUAUAUCCAAGGAUCGUUGGUAUAUUUUUAAUAUGUUUAUAAUUCAGUAUGCCGCUUUUCAAAGUGCGUUCACCGUCAACAAGAUCACCGAUGAGUGAAAAAAAAAUUAACGGUACGCAUCAGCAUCGUCAGCGUAAUCAGCAAAGUAGUGAUAACGAUCACGAAGAAGCCGGUAUGAAUGGAACAAAUAAUAAAGAGGGCAAUAAUCCUCAUCAAUCGCAAGAACAUCGUUCGCAACGAGUUUCCCAAUCGUCAUUGGUUUUUCAUUGUCAAUUGGCACAUGGUAGUCCCACGGGCCUUAUAUCUGGAUUCAGUAAUGUCAGAGAACUUUAUCAAAAGAUAGCCGAAUGUUAUGAUAUUCCAGUGGAAGAAAUUCUAUUUUGCACGUUGAACACGCAUAAAGUGGAAAUGUCUGAAUUACUGGGUAGUCAAAUCGGUGUUGGUGAUUUCAUAUUCGCACACAGAAAAGGUAGACCCAAAGAGAUAGAAUUAAUGAAAACGGAUGAUGCUUUGGGACUUACUAUUACCGAUAACGGAGCCGGAUAUGCUUUUAUAAAACGUAUAAAAGAAGGAUCUGUGAUAGAUAAAAUAAAAGUCAUAGAAAUUGGUGAUCAUAUCGAGAAAAUCGAUUCAAUGAGUUUAAUCGGAAAACGACAUUUUGACGUAGCCAAAAUUUUAAAAGAUAUACCCAAAGGAACGACGUUUAUCUUAAGGUUAAUAGAACCACUAAAAAACGGCUUUGGAAAUAUUGGACCACGAGGAGAUUUAAAAAAAGGGAAAAAGUCUGGUUAUGGUUCUGGUAAGGAAACAUUAAGGUUCAAAGCAGAUGGAAGCGCACAAAUUGUAGAAAAUGUAAUAGAUGAUGUUGCUACGAUUGCAGUAGGAAAAAUUAAUACGAUAUUGGAGAACUUUAUGGGAAUUUACGAUACUGAAUUAGCUACGCGAAUUUGGGAACUUGCCGAAGGUAAAUUCAAUAGCAUUGAUUUUGCUGAAGCGAUAGAUAACUCCGAAUUGGAAGAUUUCGGAUUUACAGAAGAUUUUGUUAUUGAAUUGUGGGGUGCAAUUACCGACGCUAGAGCUGGACGACAUCGAUGAUAAUAAAAUAUAAUCUUUAAACAAGUACUUCUAAGAUAAAGAUUUCGAAAAAUUAGUACGAGAAAUGUAUUUCAAUAUAUAUAGGAGAUAUAUUUUUGUAUAAAACAUUGAAUAUUUGUAUUGCGUAAAUUAAGCUGUACAGAGACCUGUAUUAUAUUGCAUAUGUCGCAUAAUGCACCUUAUAAUCACCUUCAUUCCCGUGUAAACAAUACCCGAUAAAUGAACUUUAUUCGUGGCCCAUUAUUGUUUGCCAGUAUACUAUGGUUGGUAUGAUCACAUUAACAUGUCUGUAUAUACAUACCUUGUCGAUGAAAAGUAUUAUUUGUUAGAAAUCAAAUAUUCAAUAAAAUUUCUCUAUAUCGUUUUCUGAAA